AUGGCAGGGCGGGUGUUCCCCCGCAGAAGGCUGCACCAAACACUCAUCUCCAGAAGCGGGGGUUCACCAGCAUCACGCAGUAAAAGCGAGCUGUCAGCUCACCCUUACUGCAAGCUGACAGGUCCUUUCAAUGAGAACGUGCAGCUUUCUCGAUCCUGCGUUUUCAAUAAGAAAACCCCGGGGCGUGGACCGCAGGCACUGUCCCCACGCCAGCAGAGCGCGCGGUGCGGGGACACGGGCGGCUCCUCCCGCCAUGCCCCCCCCCCCCGCACAACCCUCUGCCCACUUCGGAUCGGCCUGGGCACGCUGGCUUCUGCUCCCCCCGCUCGCCCGAGCCGCGGGUACCUUCGCCACCGGGGAGCUCACUGCGGCGGCGCUACCCAGCGAUCGGUACCGACCCCCGGGGGGAGGCAGGGCAGGGCAGGGCCCCCGCGGGAGCAGCACUCCGACGGUGCGGGCCGGCCGAUGCUGCACGGGGUCCCCGGCCGGCCGGGCGCGCUUCGGGAUGGACGGGGAUGGGGAAGGGGUGUCAGGGACCCGGCGCUCCAGAACGGAGCCGCUCCCGAUCCGCCCCCGGCCCCUUCCCGCGGCAUUCCAGAGCCCGGCACGUCCCGCCCGCGGCGUGGCACGGCGUGGCGCGGUGCCCCCCCGCCGCCCGCCGCGGCCGCCGCCCGGCGGGUCCCGCCCGGCUCCGCAGUGUCGGGGGCUGCCCCGUCACCUGAUCGUCGCCGUCGCCGCGCGCGCGCGCUCACCGCACCGCCCCCCCGCACCGACCGGCCCCCCCCUCCCCGCGAACGGGGGCGGGGGUGCCCGGUAUAUACGGCCCCGCCGCCCCCGCCCCUGCCUGCCUCCUGCAGUACGGGAGGCUGCGAGCCGCCGCUGCCGCCGCCGCGCCGGGCCGGGCCCCGGCAGGUGGGCGAGCCGUGCCGAGCCGGGGCUGCUGCGGGGUCUUCAACGUGGCUGGCACUGACACAGCUACCUUCCUGCAUGCGGCUCAGUGCAACAUCACUCGAUGGUGUAGAAGAUGGACUGUGGAGGAGAAGGACAGAGCACAGAGGAGCCCAGGAGCAGGGAGCCUGGCCAGGGGCCCCCUCAGGUGCUGUGCAACAGCUGGUGUUGUGAAUCAGGCCGUCACCAGUCGGAGAACGGCUACUUCACAACACCAGGGUCGCACCGCACCACGCUUCGACCACCGGCUGGAGAAGAGCAGUGUUUCCUGUGGGCAGGCAAGGGACAUGGAGCACCUCCUGGCUGCUUCCACGCAAGCCCAGACCUGCAAAGGUAAUCAGGUGCUCAACUCCUAUUUAGGCACCAGCCUCCCACUGAAGUCUGAAAUAGAAGUUAGGCCCCUAAAUAUCUCUGUGGGUCUGGCCCCGAAACCCUGCGUCACUGUGCAGUGCAGAGCUUCAGCAGGCACAGGGCAGAACUGUCAGCAGUAUGGUCACUGCCCGUUCACAUGCCACAUGAAUGUUAAGGAACAGGAAGCUUUUAUUAAGCUGUGGAAAGCAGUAAAAAAAACCCCCUCUGCAUGCUCCACGUGUGGUUCUCCCUGACAGUUGCAUCUGUGGUCCUUGCCUGUGACUUGUUCUGAUCCCUUCCCUACCUCGACACCCAACUGCGUAGUCUCUGUAAAAGGAUAUGUACAUACCAGGAAAAAGUUGGGCUCCUUGCUAUUGAUACUACACCUGGUCAGCCUCUGCCAACGUGCCUCUAUUUAAAUCAGCCCUAGGUGUGGUGUGUGAAAAAAUAAACAGUGGCAUCAUCCAGAAGUGGUACCAACAACUGCAGUCCUUAAAAUAGAGAAAACGUUGCUAAAGCAGUGCCUCAUAAAUUCCUAGGUGUAGAGGGACAGUGAGGCACACUCUAACCAAGUGACCUGCAUGUAACAUGUGCCAUGCAUUUCAGGUUUUAAAAACAGGCUCUUCUCUGCCUCCUCCUUUGUACCACACCAGCAGUGUGAUGUUAGUUUGAGAGGAGUGGGUUACAGAGGACUGCUUUCCAUCCAAAUCUGGGUCAGGUACAUGGAGGUUGGCACAUGCCUGAUGGCAGGGGUAUACAAUCCCUUAAGUCAAACUGAAAUGCUGAUCAGUUUGGAUCUCAGAAAGCAGGCAUGUGGUCUUGGUCUCAGGAUGGGGUUUUCUUUGGUGGGUUUUCCCUUCCUCUCACCCCUCAGGAUGGCUCUUUGCUCUCAGGCGUGUCUGGCUGUUCCUUGUAUGAUAUAAACCACUAGAUAUGUCUAAAGCAAAGAGCUGAGAAGUGCAGAGAGAAACGAUUCAGGUAACAUAGAACCAAUGAUGGUUUUUGUGAAAGUUUUCUUCAUUAUCCUAACUCAUGUGACUGAUGAUGGCAGUAAAAAUUAUUUAAAUUCCAUCCUGGAUGUAUUAUUGCUGGCAGGGAAAUAGACAUAGGGGAGAGUCAGGAUAUAGUAUCUGAAGAUCUGAAAUAGUAUGGGACAGCCUGGAAAUGCAAAUGCAAGGUGACAAUGGUGGUUUAAUUGGACCCAUCCUAAUUUUUCUGUUCAGGUGGACUCCCUGCACAGGUAGCCUUGAAUUUCUUCUAUAGCAAAAAGUCAAAUACCUUGCACAAUGUUAGAGAUGUAUGGGAGGCUCAUUCAUAGAUUAGGAUGGUAGCCUGUGGGCUUUUGUCAUUGAUGAGAGGGAAAACUAGAUUGUGUUUCUUGUUCAUGUACUAUGAAUUUGUGAAUCCAACAUGCAAGAACACUGUUUUAUUAAACUUGUUCUCUGCUAACACAAA